UAUAGAGUUGGUAGAUCUGCUGUUUACUUCUGUUGACUGCUUUUACUGUCUGUUCAUUCUUGUUGCUAUGGUUACUCACAUGCGAUUUCAAUAUUACAAACACAAUUAUUGCCUUCUUUGCAUAACUGGCUCCUUAGGAUGUCAAUGGCACCGUUAUCGGCAGUCAGCAUGCAACAGCCGAAAGAAAGACUUAAUCAUACUAGUAAUUCUCCUGAUUACUUUUAUCUAUAUGACUUUCUUCUUGUACUUCUGGCUUGUGGUUGAGAAUGAUUCAAAUGAUUUUAAUUGGUAUUUUACAGUAAAAUUGAAACUGAAAUAUUUACCAUGGUAUACAAUAAUGCUGUCCAUAACAGGGGUUGUGUUUGGGUAUUUUGCAAUUUUAGUGGGUCUAUCAAUAUGUCACAUUUAUGUGGGACAUCAGUUAUAUAUACAUCCAUUCCAUGUAGCGAUGAUAAUCAUCAGUCUUUUGAGUUGCAUUGGCUUCACAAUAGCCAUGAAUACUCUCUGGCCAUCUGAGUGGGCAAUGCUGAAACUAUCAUUUCAAGUAAGUCUCUAUUAUAUCUUUGGUCCUUUUAUUCAUAUUGGUCUGGUUGUGAUCUUUACUAUUCUCUCUUGUAUUCUGAUAAGACAGUGGUACAGCUUAGACCAAUUCUGUUUGAAACUAUUAAUUUCAGUGGUAUACAUGGCAAUUCUUGUUGGCCUCUAUAUCAUUCCACUAUUUAUUGAAUCUCCAUGUGUUCGACCAGCAGAUAGUUUGCCUUCCAAACCAAGAUUAUUUGCCCACCGAGGUGCGUCAGGGGUUGCACCUGAGAAUACUUUAGUUGCAUUCCAAUUAGCUGUGAACCAAAGUGUCUAUGGAUUUGAGUCAGAUGUACGAAUAAGUUUAGAUGGAAUUCCGUUUAUUUUACAUGACAAAACAUUACGACGAACAACCAAUAUUGAAGAAGUAUAUCCCGACCGAGUGGAUGAUGAUGCUUCUACAUUUACAUUUGAUGAAUUGCGGAAACUCAAUGCUGGAAGCUGGUUUUUGAAGGAAGAUCCAAUGGAUGUUGUUGGAUCUCUUACUGACAAAACAAAGGAAAUCUACAAUAACCAAACCAUUAUGUCUUUGGAAGAAUUGAUUGACUUAGCAAACUUGACAGGGAAGAAUAUUUUUAUAGACGUACAAAUCCCAGUCAAGGAAAAUCCUUAUUACCAUACAGCUUAUAAAAAAGCUGUUGAUGUGAUACUGAACACUGGAAUUCUUCCUAAACAGAUUUGGUGGUUCUCAAAAGUCUAUCAUUCAGCAUAUACCACCAAUUUUACACAAACUGGGACAAGUUAUCUACCAGUUGAAGAUCUCGUAAAAUUGCAUAUCUCUAAUUUCAAUGCUAGGUAUGAUUCACUUAGUGAAGAUGAAAUCCUAGAAUAUCUUGAAUCCAACAUCACUAUUAAUGUCUACAUAGUUAAUGCACACUGGCUGUAUUCCCUGUAUUGGUGUCUGGGUGUACAAUCUGUAGCAACAGAUAGAUGUCACAUCCUCAAUAAAAUUGAAAAACCAUUAUGGCAUUUGACUCCAGGAACAUAUCUUAUGACAUGGGUUUUAGUUGAUAUAAUAUCUGCUAUCAUCAUCAUCACCAUACUUAUAGUACAAUGGUAAGUCAG